AUGAGGACUAUUCAGCUCACUGUUGAUGAAAAAGUCAUAAAUCUUGAAACAAGUGAUAAUAAAAUACGUAAAUCCACGUUGAUCAACCUGAAUCCUGCUGGAGGCUUUCUAACUUACGACGUCAAGGGAGAGGUAACAGAGCAGAAGGUAGUAAACAAAAAACAAGAUAUGCAAGUAGCUCAACAACAGCACAUCAAACGAGUUAUUUGUAUUGGUUGGAAACAUAGAGUGGAUGCCAGUGGUGCUUUUUCUAAAGUGUCUUUUACAAGAAAGCAGAAAAUUGAACUCAAUGGUAACUAUAAGUAUUCAGUGCAAGAAUUAAAAGAGAUUAUGAUGGAAAAGUACGUGGACGAUCUUAAUGAAGAUUAUUUUGUAAAUGCUGAGGUGGAAAUUAGUAACUCGGAUGGAGUAAUCGUUGAGGCUUUUCAAAACUCGCAAGGAAUUCCAAUUGAUUUUUGGACUUAUGGAAAAGAGAAUUUUAAAAAAUCUGACCACUACAUGCACGUGUACCUUCUUACAACCAAAAUAACAUCAAAAUCCAAGAAAAUUAGAACCGACAGUGGAAUUGUCAACGUGAUGCCUCAAUCUAAAAGUGAAAAGAAUUUCUAUAUAGAAUUUCUGUAUUAUAGAAAUUCAGCAUUGCUCUCCUCGUCUCCAUUUAUCUCGUCUCCAGAAUACUCUAAGAACUCUGAGCAAACAUCAAUCAAUAUGGACGAUUCCUUUCUACGUGACUAUCUUUCUUGCAGUGGGUUGAAAAACUUGACUGGUGGAGCAGGCAAAAAAAGCUUCGAAUUCCUUGUACCGGGUGAAGUAAAAAAAUCCAAAAAAAUUCAAAAAACGUUACCGACUGUGUCAUUGAAGAAAGUGAAACUCAGUAGUGUUAUUCUUGGUGAGGGUGCCCAAGGUACGGUCUACAAAGGAUCGUUGUACGGUACCAAAGUUGCAGUAAAAAUUAUGAUAAAAGGCACGGAUAACAAAGUGGCUUUGAGGGAAAUCACACUCUUAGGGCAAAUUAGACACCCAAAUAUAGUGUUUAUUAUGGCUGUAGGCGAGUCUGAUCAGCAGUUUCAAAUUAUCACGGAAUACUUUCCAUCAUUGUCUUUACACAGUAUGCUGUUCGAUAAGGACGUUUCCAUCAAGUUUCCGCUGGAUUUACCAAACAAGAAGUCGAUAGCCCAUCAAGUAGGUUUAGCACUUUCUUUCCUGCAUGAAAGCUCACCAACAAUUCUCCAUCGAGAUGUCAAACCGUCAAAUAUACUAGUCAAUCGGCACUGCGUUGUAAAACUGUGUAAUUUAGGCUUAGGAAAGUGCGAAAUAUUGCAAAAUAGUUUAGCAUCAACUAUGAGGGGUGGCAUGUGUGGGACCUACAUGUACAUGUCACCUGAAAUAUUUUUACGCAGAGAAGAAGCGACUGCAGCUAGUGACGUUUGGUCGUAUGGUUCAGAAUGA